AUGAGUCUGUAUACGAAAGUGUCCCUCAAGGAGCGACUAUGCCUAAUCACAUGGAGCUGGUACUCAAUGUGUGUGGCUACUGGUGGCAUCGCGGUGCUUCUAUCUAGAACGCCUCACCAAUUCCAUGGAAUCACCAUCAUCGGGAAAAUCGUCUACAUCCUCAAUCUGGUACUAUUCACUGGUAUCUCCUGCUGCAUGACCCUUCGAUUCUGCAACAGACCAGCAGAAAUCAAAGAGUCCUUCCAACGCCCUACAGAAACCUACUUCUUCCCUACAUUCCUUCUCGCCAUCGCGACCAUCAUCCUCGGCGCCGAAGCCUACGGCACAGACGUCUGCGGUCCCUGGCUACAGGUUGCCCUCCGCAUCGUCUUCUGGAUCUACGUCGCCUGCUCCCUCUCUGUAGGCAUCUUCCACAACUGGUACCUCUACAGCACGGUCAUGGGCCGCAAACAACACUUCCCACUACCAAGAGUCCUACCCUCCUUCCCAACCAUGCUCUGCGGCACAGUCGCAUCCAGCAUUGCAGGGAACCAGCCUCGCGAGCACGCCCUCCCAAUCAUCGUUGGUGGCCUUACUCUCCAAGGCUUCGGUAUCAUGAUGUCCAUUCUCAUCUACGCUGAAUACCAUUACUACCUCAACAAGCAUGGAUUGCCUGAGCCGUCUCAGCGUCCGAAGAUGUUCAUCGCAGCUGGCCCGUGGAGCUUCACGGCCCUCGCUUUCAUCGGAAUGGCAAAGCAUGCCAUUGAGAAGUUCCCGCCGAGGUAUAUCAUCUCCGACGCUGUGCCCGGGUCCACGGGGACUGUCUCAAUCAGCACGGGCGAGAUCGCACUGGUCAUCGCUUCGCUCACUUCCAUCUUCAUGUGGUGCAUGGCUUUCUUCCAUAUGUGCGUUGCCAUUCUGAGUAUGUUCUCCAUGCUUCGAUGCUUUGGCGGCCCUGGUGCGGCCCCGAUGUCAAUGUCUUAUUGGAGUAUGGUAUUCCCGAAUACUGGUUUCGUUAUUGCUACGAUUAGUAUUGGAGAGGUGUUGGAGUCUGAGGGGAUCAAGUGGGUUGGUUCGAUCUUGACGAUUCUUCAGAUCUCUGUUUGGCUGGGCGUGGGCUUGGCUACCGUCUAUGGUGUUAGUACGCGUCGCAUGCUUUGGCCAGCUGAUGCCAAGCGAUCUGCAUAA